AUGGCGCACUUUUACGGGUCGACAUUUUCCAUUGAAGCAAAUAAGGAGAACAUUCCGCCGGGAAUGGAACGACUCAUCAAGAAUGAGCAAUUGGUGUUGCCCGAGCCGCGCCAACACCGCCACCAAAACGAUGAUAAUGAGAAUGGAACGUCGCCGCGACCGUCGCCGGCAAUGUCGCAACUCUCCGACGCCUCAUUCGUCUCGUGCCACGACUCGCCGAUUGUCAACAAUAGUGCCGAUGAGGGUGAUGAGGAUGGCGAGAUUACAUCGAGAAAAGAGAAAAGUCUCGGACUCCUUUGCCAGCGAUUCUUGAUUGCAAUGAACGAGGAGACGCGAAAUAGUCAGAAUAAGGAGGUCCACUUGGAAACGGUUGCUAAGAAAAUGAAUGUUGAGAAGCGGCGAAUUUACGAUAUUGUCAAUGUUAUGGAAGCCCUUGACGCGAUGCAGAAAACGAAUAAAUCGUUUUACCAAUGGCAAGGAUUGGAAGACCUUCCGAAACUGAUGUGUGACCUUCAGGCGGAAGCGGUUUCUGAAGGUCUGCCAGAUCGUGUGUUGCGCGUCGAGCAGGCGAUGUGCUCGUUCACCGAGUUGGCGUCGCCGUCGGGAGGAAAAAAAGAGAUUGUUGGUAGUUUGGUGGGACCGACGCCGAGCACCUCAACGGUGGUGCCGAAACUCGAGAAUGAUCGAAAGUCAAGAGUUGACAAUCGCGAUCGGCAGGGCCGCAAUUCUUUGGCUCAAUUGUGCCGAAGAUUCUUGAUGGUCCUUUUAAGCAAUCCGAAAAAUGUUCGAAAAGUUAGCCUCGACGUCGCCAGCACCGUUUUGAUAAAGGAUCCCGAUACGGAAGGAUUCGAGCCGCCAAGUCGUAGUCGCUGCCGACGGCUAUAUGAUAUAGCCAACGUUCUAGUUGCUCUUGGCCUCAUAAAAAAGGUCCAUUAUUUGUUCGGCACCAAGAAGAUACCAUUGUUCGUGUAUUGCGGACCGGAGCCCGACUAUAAUGCGACGUUCGACGUUUAUGAAUCGGUUGAGCGUCUGCUGUCGAGUCAAGCGACAACGCCGCUGACGCCGACGAUAAAGGCGACGACGGAAAGAAUUGUUCAGCAAAUCGCUGGAUUUGGGAAGCGAAGCGCCUCGGAAACGCAUCUCGAUGAGAAGAAUGCGAACAAAAUCGCGAAAGUGAGCGACGGGAUCCAAUCGAAUUGCAAUUUGAUGAUGUUCGCGGAUUUGGACAAAUUCCGACUCGACGCUCUUGCUCAUCAUUUCAGCAUAAUGCCUCCAUAUUUACCUUCGACAUCGUCGCAGCCGAUAUUCUCGACGUUCCCGCCGUCAGCGCCAAUUCCUUCACCGAAUCGACUUUCGGAAAAUUUUGUAAUGCCGCUAAUGGAGAAUAAAUCACUUCCUUUAAAGCCAACCCUUCCGGUACCCAAACCUACUCGUGUACCAUUUGGCGAACGUACUAACACAUUAGCAAAGAAUAACACGCCACCAAUGAAGCAUUCCAUGUCGAAUAUUCUUGGCAAUUCAAAUCGUCAGAAUGUGCCACAAUUCGAGCACACUGAGACAUCGGCAUUCCAGGUCGUCAAAAAAGAGGCCGUCCGCGAAAAGUAG